AUGGUGAUCGGGAACCGAGAUUUUUCGACUUUCAGGAGUAAGAGUACCAAGAGCACUAAGAGUGACUCGGGAAACGGGGACGAUGCGUCCAUAGGCACGCACGAGAGCUCGUACGAGCACCCUCUGGCUCGCAAAGGCUACGACAUUGGCCCCGCAUCGAGGUGCGAGGUAGGCGACGUCUUUGAGUUCCUCUGGGCAGAUUCGCACGAGUUUGAAUGGGAGUGGAAGUGCCUUGGCUAUACUCGCUUCAUCGUCCUUCGACAUAGCGACACUUUUCCGCACUACUGCGUGUGUGUGCCCAUCUCCACCCCUACCAAAAAUGACUUCCAGAAACCCGGAAUCGACUCGAGCCAGCAGGGCUACGUCUUUGACGAGAACGACCGCACCCCGCCCUUCGACCGCCUCCCCUUCUCCCCGGUCGGCAUGCAGCUGCGUCCGGGCAAGUUCCGCGUAAAGGAGAACUCGCGCGCAAACUACGCCGACGUGCUCGAGAUUGACCACGACGCCCAGGUCAUGGUCGUCGGCGACGUCACGCGCUACUUUGACCGGGUGCGGAGGAACGUCAACAAGGCCGUCAUGCGCAACGUUCUGAAAAAGGCGUUGGAGCAGUACCGCCAGGGAAAACUCGUUGGCAAAAAGGGCGCCAAGCUCGAGGCGAGCGUCGUCAACGGCGGUGGUGGGAGUCAGGAUGACGAGGACGAGGACGACCGCGACGAAGAGCCCGAGGACGGCAGCGAUCCGGACCACCCCGACGUGUUUUUGCGACCGGAUGAGACCUCGUCCGUCAUCGAGAGGCGGAAACCCGACCGGGACCGCGACCGGGACCGGGACUCCUUCGUUAGCGCAGAAAUGCCGCCCCCUCCACCUCCGGCCCCGCCGCUGCCGCCGAUGGACAUGCCGUCGCCGAUGCCGAUGCAGAUGCAGCAGCAGCAGCAGCCGUCGCCCCCGCGAGAGCGAGAGCGAGACGAUGCGUCCUCGAUCCGGUCCCACGCGUCUCGAGAGAGAAGGCAUUCCCGGAAAGAAGCGCCGCCGCCGCCGAGAGGUGAGGACCUCCCGAGAAAAAUGUCGGACCACCACGUCGACGGAGCGUCCCGGCCUUACAGACAGCGCAUCGACCUCCCGCGAUCCCGGAGUCAUCGGGCCUCCGAACACGAGGUAUCCGGCUCAAUGUACGACGUCGCUACGGCUAGGGCGGACUGA